AUGAAGACCACCGAGUCUCUUUUUGACCAACAGCCUCUUGAUUUGAAGCUGGUUUUCCUUGGAGAUUCAGCGGUAGGAAAAACAGCUUUAUUACGGCGAUUCAACACUGGUUUUCCUCCCGAGGAAGAUCAACCAGCACCAAUCGAUGCCUACACCUUCACGGACAGUAUACAAGUGGAUGGAAAGAAGUACCGGUAUCUCGUUCGUUGUUGGGAGGUGGGGCUCUGGGGGGAAGGAUACGAACGUCUUCGGCCUCUUUCAUACCCAGGCACGGACAUUUUUCUGUUAUGUUUUGACACAACAAAUCGAGCGUCUUUCAACAACAUCAAAGACUCCUGGAUCGCAGAAAUUCGUCACCACAUGCCAUAUACUCCUUUCCUGAUAGUUGGCAACAAAAUGGACCUCAGAAAGACAAGUACAGAACAAGUUGAAGUGCCAAACACAGUGUCAACACAGGAGGCUUGGGAACUAGCUAAGUUACAUAAUACAUCAUACAUUGAGAACAGCUCUGUAACAGGAGAACAAGUCAGUGAAGUUAUUCACAAGGCCAUCCAAAAGGUAGCUUACCUCCAGAAAUUGAACUCCAGAUGUUGUUGUCGAUUUAAAUCAUUCAAGUGGAACAAGUGUAAAACACAUAAAUGAUCCUUAAACUGAAAAUCAACAGUUUAUAUUUUUCAUUCUAAAUAUUUUUGAGUUUAAAAUUCAGAUUACUAGCUCUCCAAACUCUUAAGAGUAUAACUUGACAAUGGGCAAUGCUAUCUUGUGCACUUUUCCUAGUUUUAUAAUAUCUUGUGACAAGGGGACAGGUUGUCAAUACUGCUUGGCACUUAUCAUUGUUCUCAGUGAUAGUGACAAAUACUAAGGAUACAACAAUUAUUUAACACUUAAUGACUGGUCCCACUGGGCGCACUGUAGCAGGAAAAAUGCCAGCUAUAUAACAAUAAUAAGGUUAAGCACUAGCCUCCUACAUGCAGCUUAACCACUCUUUAGGCCCGUCACACAGUCUAUCCCUAACAAUUAUGUGACAAGCUGACAGUCUACGUAAUUAUAUAGAAAGCUGGUUACAUGGAAGAUUAGAUUGGAAAAGCAUUCAUAUUAGACUAAAAAGCAAUCCUCACACAUCCAGGUCUUUCCUCACUAGAGAGGUGUCAGAGAUAAUAAUUAUAAGAAGUAAAAAAUUAUUUCACACUUUGUCUUUGUCUGCUGCUGUACAUCGAUCAAAAUAGUGUACCCUGCUAUUGGCUGGUUAAUUUAAGCUCCAGCUUACGGCAGACUUAAGACUAAAUAGAUCAGCCAACACACUGUAAACAAAGAUUCUUACAUACUGAGGUUUAUCAUAAUUUCUUUACGGAUUUAUUUUUAAGGUCUACCUGCUGUUUGUUUUAAAAUCUUUUAUAUGAACCAACAACUGCUGUCUUGAAUACGUGUAGAAUCGAACCCACCAUAAAAGUUUAUGUUUUUCUCAAGCCAAGGACGUCCUGUAUUUAUUAAUAAAAUCGUACUUCAGACAGUUCAGACACUAUCUUUCUCUCUCUGAGCUUUCUCUGACUAGGAAACCGUACACCGGGAGAUUGGGUCCAGCUCGGCCCAAUUCCCAUCUCAUUGUGCGCGGGGGAAAUAAUGUAUGCGAGAAAUUAGCGAGCAAAAGUCAAAAAUACCUUAUCAACUUAUCCUAAUGUCCAAUUUAUUUGAUGUCCAUCAUUAUUCUCUUCAUCACAUCUUUGGUGUAAUUCUGAAAUUGCUUCUUUGUUACUGCCUACUGAAACUUGCAUUUAGGACUCGAUAAAGCCAUAAAAGCAAAUUUCCUUUUCAACUAAAUUUUUCGUUUCGAAUUUAACAUGACGAGAUCGUGAAAAUUAUGCGUCUUAGUUUGGCUGAAAAUUAAUUUCGUCCUUCACAAAAAUAAUUAUAAAAGAAUUUGGGCAAUCGUUAUCCUGAAAUGAGGUAGAUACUAACAACUGGCUGUCAAAUGUCGGACGCUCAUGACAAAACGCCUUGAAUUUAUGGAAUACUAGUAAC